CCCCCCCAUACAUCAGAUUUAAUUCCACUCAAGCUGCCAAAGCUUUGUUCAUCCCCACAUGGCAGGCAUCCCCACUGAUUUGAGGACAAGGGGGUUCCCAAUCCCCCAAAGUCAUCACUUCGGGGGAUCCCUUCAUCUGUCGCCCCCCACCCCAUCCUCAUUUUGGGUCCAAACGGUGCGUUUUGGGUGAUGGUGGCACGCAGCGUGGCUUUUAGGGAUGAGUGGUGACGCCUUUCGGUCUCACACCGGUGUAAUUAGGAUCGAGGCUUGUUAGGUGCAGGGGGGGCUUAGUCUGGUUCGGGAUUGUCCCUGCACAGAGCUCCAGGGGUCUUCAGGUUUCCACUCUUCCUCCCUGCCCCCCAUUAGCAGCACUGUGAGGAAAUCCUUGAAUAUUGGCAGAAAAAGGGAUUUGGGAACGGUGAAACACAGGGAAGGAAGUGGUGGCAGUCAGUAGGGGAGGGAACCAGUUUGGAGCUGGGAUGUGCUGGCAGGUCAGGCUGGGGGGAUACAUGGGGACAGGUGCAGUGCUGGGGGGGGUGCAUGACAUUUGUAUGGGGGCAUGCGCCGUGCCAUAGGGAUGUGUGUGCUCUUACGGGGACAGGUGCCAUUGCCAUUGAGAUGUGAAUGCUCUUAAGGGAACAGGUGCCACACCGUGGGGCUGCGCGUGGUUUUGUGGGGACGUGUGUUAUGCCAUUGGGGUGUACAGACCUUAUAUGAGGACUUGAGCCGUGCCAUUAGGGUGUGCAUGCUCUUAUAGGGACGUGUGCUGUGCCUUUGGGAUGUGCGCUAUUCUGUAGAGACAUGUGCUGUGCCAUUGGGGUCUAUGUGCUCUUCUGUGUGCCGUUGUCAUUGGGGUUUGCACUCCUAGCUGGGGACAUGUGCCAUGCCUUCGGGGUUUGCAUGCUCUUUUGGGGACAUGUGCCAUGGCAUUGGGUGUUUGCGCUCUUGUGGGAACAUGUGCUGUGCCAUCAGGGUGUGUGUGCUGUUAUGGGGACAGGUGCCAUGCUGUCGGGAUGUGCAUACUUGUUAUGGGAACAUGUGCUGUGCUGUCAGGAUGUGCACAGUGCCAUCCCCACACUUCUGUGGGAACGUGUGCCAUGUCAUUGGUGUGUGUGUGUGUGUGUGUUCUUAUGGGGCCAUGUGCCACGCCACCAGUGCUGGUAACCCCCCCCCAGGCAGGUUGUCCCCAAGCAGCCACCCUGCCUGCUGCCCAUGGAUGUGUCCUUGACGAGAAGGAAGCUCAUUAAUUACCAACCUCCAUCCCAACUGCUGAGCAGGGGGACUUUGGAGAGGAUGGGGUCCGUCUCCCAGUGGGCACGGGGUCACCAUUAGGUACCAAGCGCCAGUGGCAUCGCAGGACCGCUGGGGGCCAGACCCUAACCUGAACUCCUAUAGGGACCGAGCUGUAGGGUGCAUGGGGACACGGGUGACCCCUCAGGGACAAUGGCACAGAGGUGCUGGCGCUGAGAGCACCGUUCCCAGGCGGCUCCGCGCCAUGAGCCCCAAAGCCACCCAACAGGAUCUGCCAGCGGGGCGGGCACCGCGGGGGCGAGCGGCGCGCCAUGGGACGCUGGCAUGGGGACAAGGGGCACGCGGUAAGGUGACAGUGACAGCGGGACAGGGGGACAACAGCGGGGUGCCAUUGAGGCAGGAUGCUGAGAAUGGGCCAACUCGUUGCACCCGUGGGGUUGGGUGUCCCCGGGGCGGCGGUGGCACAGCGGGAUGCUGCCACAACCCCAUGCGCAGCGGUGACAGCGGCCCCGCGUGAGCCUUCCCCGGAGGAAAUGUCGUUGGGGCCACGAGUGACUUGGCAUUUCCUGAGUCUCUCGUAUGUUUUAAGCAAACUAAAGGGGGGGGGGUGGAAGGAAAAAAAAUAAUAACAUCACAUACACACACACACCCCGGUCCUGUCGCCGCAUGUCCUCGCGCGUUUCCGCUCCCCGUCCUCGCUCCGGCGGUGGCGGCACCAGGGGUCCAUGGAGCCGUGCGGGUGUCCCAUCAUCACGUCCCCCCCACAGAAGGACCUGGCAUACCUGCAGCAGUGGCUGGAGGCCUUUGUCAUGAACUUUGAGAAGGUCAUAGCUGUGCCCUCGCUGGAGCCCCGCAGGCCAGAGGAAGCAGUGUCAGAGAUCCCAGUGCUGCCACGAGAAGUGCUGCAGGUGCUGAGUCAGAGGCUGGCACAGUGUGUGGGGCAGGGUCCCCGCCUCGGGCAGGCACUGCUGCUCCUCAAGUUCUUCAUCAUCAUCUGCAGAAACCUCGAAAAUGUCCAAACCGACAAAACUCCUGGCUUCAUCCUGGAGGUGCUGGCGCUGCUGCGGAUGUGUGCAAGCAAGCUACGCAGUGGCCAGGAGGAUAGGGCGCAGCUGGAGAGCGUGAUGCUGUAUGCCCUGCACCUCUGCGAGUGCCUCUUCGACCCCUACCAGACCUGGCGCCGGCAGCUGAGCGGAGAAGUUGUCAGCACGAAGGAGAAGAGCAAAUACAAGUUCGCCCCCGCCGCUUUGCCCCCCGAGUUCGACACCUUCUUCCAAGAAUGUUUCCAGCCUGGUGGGCAGCUCUCCGACGAGCUCCAGCUCCGGCUCAUCCACCUCUUUGGAGCCAUCCUCUCUGGGGCCAAGUCCAACCCACUGCAAGCCAUUACACCGGCAGCAUUGGAGGUGCUGCUGGGAGUGCUGCGCCGGGUGAGCUCAGGGCCACCGCCGUGCUUUGGGCUGCUGGGACUGACACUGCGUAGUGUGGUGGCAGCAGUGCAUGCCCUACAUGCCAGCAGCCCUGGCCCUGUGCCCCUGCGUAUGCUGCUGGAUGGCUAUUUCAGAGUGCUCAACGCCGACCCCACCACUGUGUCACCAGAGGUGGCUGGAGGGCUCAUCGCACUGCGGGUACAGAUGUUGGAUGCCAUCCCAGCCAUGCUGAGCUGUGAUGACCGGCCGGUCCUGCAAGCUGUCUUCCUGAGCAAUAACUGCUUCGAGCACAUCAUCCGCCUCCUCCAGAACAGCAAGCUCUACCUCAACAGUCCACAGGAUGCAGGUGAAGCCUACAAUGAGCUCUCUGUGCAGCCACCAGCCAGCAAUGGGCUCCAGCAGGUCUUUGACAGCGGCUCUGAUGCCAUCGCAGUCCAUGCCAUCAGUGUGCUCACGGCCAUCAUGAGCAACUCACCCUCUGCAAAGGAGGUGUUUAAGGAGCGCAUUGGCUAUGCCCAUCUCUACGAGGUGCUGAGGAGCCAGGGUCAGCCCACGCAGCGCCUGCUCCAGGAGCUCCUCAACAUGGCAGUAGAAGGUGACCACAGCUCCUUACCAGCACGCCCCAUCCGCAAUGAGCAGCCCCUGCUCCUGCUCCUGGCCUGGCUUCCAGCACUGGCAUGCCGUGAGCUGCAGCUCUACCUCUCAGAGCGGCUGCGGCAGCUAUGCGAGGCCUCUCUGCCCAGCCGCCUCACCUGCGUCAAGGCAGGCAUGGUGGGCAGCCUGCUGGCUGCUCUGGCCUCAGAGCCAGCACUUCCACCUGCCUGCUCUGAAAACCUGCUGGAGUUGCUACGUGUUCUGGGCAGGCUUUCCAUCCGGCCUGGUGAGCUGCGGCAGCUGUUGAGGCUGCUGCGGCGUGAACGGGGCAGGGGUGCCCACCCCUACACAGCACCAGUGCUGCGGGUGCUCUCGGGAAUGGCACGGGCUGAGGGACCCCCACGGGCACUGCAAUACUUCGACCUGACACCUGGCAUGGCAGGGAUCAUGGUGCCUGCCGUCCAGAAGUGGCCUGGAGGUGCCUUUGCCUUCCAUGCUUGGCUCUGCCUCAGUGAGGAGGAGUUCGGGCCACCGGCGAGGCUGAAGAGGAGGCAACUCUACAGCUUCUUCACAGCCAGUGGGACGGGCUUCGAGGCUUUCUUCACCACUGACGGCAUGCUGGUGGUAGCUGUCUGCACCAAAAAGGACUACAUGACGGUGGCACUGCCGGAGGUGGCCUUCAACGACUCAUCCUGGCACUGCAUUGACAUUGUCCAUGUUGCUGGCCGUCGGCCUUUUGGCCAGAAUGUGGUCAGCAUCUACGCAGAUGGACACCUACGGAAGACAGCACAGCUCCGCUUCCCAUCUCUGCACGAGUCCUUCACCUCCUGCUGCAUUGGCUCUGCGGGGCACCGCACCACCACAACGGCCUCCAGCAGCAGCCACCCACCACCAUCCCAUGGGCUGGAGCUGACCUUCCCCCCACACCCCGUGCUCUGCCGCUCACAGUCCUUCCCUGCCACCCUGGGACCCCAUGCCUGGACCCCCCUGCAGCCUCCCACCGAGGGAGUGGUGUCCACCACAGCAGCUGGCAGCCAGGAUACUGAGUGGGGCACCCCUACUUCCCUCGAGGGCCACCUGGGCUCUGUGGCUAUCUUUUGUGAAGUGCUGCAGCAAACCCAAGUCAAGGCACUCUUCUGCCUGGGUCCAAACAUUGCAUCUCCGUUUACACUGGAAGGUGACCUUGUGGAGCUCAGCAGUAAGCUCCUGCUGUACUACACCCCACAGGCCUGCAGAAAUAACAUCUGCCUGGACCUCUCUCCCAGCCAUGGUUUGGACGGGAGGCUGACGGGGCAUAAGGUGGUCAACUGGGAUGUCAAGGAUGUGGUCAACUGUGUAGGUGGGAUGGGUGUCUUGCUGCCCCUGCUCGAGCAAGUGGUGACCAAGAAGGAUGAAUCCGAGGACGAGCAAGAGACCAAUGACCUGGUAGGGCCAGAGCUGACAUCCUCCAGGAACGCCCAGGGCAUGCUCAUCCCACUGGGCAGGUCCUCAGAGAGCAGGCUGGAAAGGAACAGUGUGGCUGCCUUCCUGCUGCUGGUGAAGAACUUCAUCCGCAACCACCCAGUGAACCAGGAGAGCCUGGUGCAGUGCCACGGGCCGGCCAUCAUCGGUGCGCUGCUGCAGAAGGUGUCUAGCCCACUGCUGGACAUGAGCACGCUGAUGGCCUCGCAGAUCCUGAUGGAGCAAGUGGCCUCUGAGGGCAGCGGACUGCUGCUGCACCUCCUCUACCAGCAUCUCCUCUUUGAUUUCCGCAUCUGGAGCAACAGUGACUUUGCUGUCCGCUUAGGUCACAUCCAGUACCUGGCCAAUGUCGUCAAGGACCACAAGCAGCGCAUCCGCAAGAAAUAUGGGGUACAAUACGUCCUCGACUCCAUCCGGACAUACUAUGGUUCCUCCAGGGAGAAGUCCACGGCUACUGAUGACAUCAAAACGGUACAGACAUCCCUCUUCAGCCUGGUGAAGGAUUUCUUCUGCAGGAGCUUCUCUGGGGAGGAGAUGCAGAGCUUGCUAAACUAUGUGGCCGCAGCACAGGAUGAGCAACAGGUCUGUGGAGCGCUGGAGGUGAUACACAGCCUGCUGAAGGGCUCACCCUCCCAGGAGCAGCUUUUUGCCUUCCUCUUUGAGCCAGGCCAUGUGGAAGUCCUCUUCUCACUGUUGGUACAGAAGAAGUUCUCAGAUGAAGUGCGGGAAAGAGUCUUCAGGGUGCUCUACAAGAUGUUGAAGUAUGAGAAGGUCCCUGAGCGCUGCAAGAGCCGCCUGAAGUUGAAGGACAUUGGGUACCAGGGGCUCAUUGCCUGCCUCAGCGACAUCCCCAGUUCCAUGUUGCUCUUCCGCUGCCUCUCAGAGCAGGUCCUUGGGGCAGAUCCUCCUAACUACAAGGACCUGGUGGCUGUGGUUUAUCUGUCCCACCGGGCUGACCUGACCGUUCGGCUCGAUAUCUGCCGCAAGCUCUUCCACUUGAUCUACGCACAGCAGGACAUGGUGAGGCAGCUGGCCAGGCUGGCAGGGUGGCAGGACACACUCACCAAGUUGUACGUCAAAGAGUCCUACGAGUCCCGCCAGCACAGCCUCAGCCACUCAGGCAGUGGGGGCUGCCUUGAGCUCCUCCGCUUCACAGACCACCCCAGCAAGGAGACUGAGGUGGGCAAGGACAACGUGGGCAGCAUGAGCCCGCUGCCAGCUGACCUGCAGGAGCUGGACGUCUUCCUGCCACUGGGAUACGAAGCCUCGGACCAGGAGCUCUCUGAGGGCUUCUCUGACCACUCCUCUCACCCAGCGGUCGCAUCAAGUCCUUCCACUCCUACAACUUCAAGUCCUUCGACUCCUCCGACCGGGCGAGCCGCUCUUCCUCAUCCUGGGGAUGUCCCCUUUGAUGGUGUCUACCACCCACUCUCACCUUUCUCCACCUCACCCUUCGACCUGGGGCUCGACCUGGCCAGCACCAGCUCCAUUGCCACAGCCGAAAGUGGUGCACAGACACCUGCCAGCGGCCCUGGAACCCCUUCACCCCUGGAGAGCUUCAAACCCUUUCCAGGAAUGCGAAACCGCAAGAGCUCCAGCCUCUCCAACGUGCUGGAUGAGAGCAGCUACCAGGACGCUCUGCCCAGUGACAACAUCUCCAACACCAGCAACCCCCAGCAAACGCCUGAGGAGGAGCUGUGCAACCUCCUGACCAACAUCAUCUUCUCGGUGACGUGGCGCGGGGUGGAGGGCUGGGAUGAUGCAGCAUGGAGGGAGCGUGGCCAGGUCUUCUCCGUCCUCACCAAGCUGGGCACGGCGUGUGAGCUGGUGCGGUCUCCUGAUGAGAUCAAGCGCAGCUUGCUGGAGAUGAUGCUGGAGUCAGCGCUGACGGAUCUGAAGGAGUCAGGGCCAGCUGCACUGCCUGGCCUCACCCACAAUGCACUCAAGCUGCUGCGGCUGCUCCAGGACUUCUUGUUCUCUGAGGGACACAACAACCAGGCCUUGUGGAGUGAGAAGAUCUAUGAGGGGGUGAGCAGCCUGCUAGACAAGCUGGGCGUCUGGUACCACCCAGCCAAUGGCACCUCUGACCUCAAGGAGAUGGCGCAGACAGGGCUGCGCAUCCUGGUGGGCUACAUCCUGCUGCAGGACCCCCAGCUGCACUCACUGGCCUAUGUGAAGUUGCACAGUUUGCUGCAGACUUCCACAGCACCCAAAAAAGAUGAAGCUUGCUACCUGCUGGGCAAGCUGGAGACCCCACUGCAGCGUUCACUGGAUGCCAAAUCAGAGACCUUCUCCUGGCUGGUGCCCAUUGUGCGCACGCUCAUGGACCAGUGCUACGAGACUCUGCAGUUGCAGCAGUUCCUGCCCUCGUUGCCUCCCACCAAUGGCAGCCCCACGUUCUAUGAGGACUUCCAGCAGUUCUGCACCACCCUUGAGUGGAGGAGCUUCAUUGAGAAGCACGUGGGUGCCAUGGGGUAUGGGGUGGUAUCGCUGGGGGUGUUGGGGAACCCUUCUGAAGGAUGUCCUCCUUAUCCUGGGGACAUCAUCUAUAUCAUCCCAGUGAUGUGCUCCUUGGCCAUGGACCUCCCCAGGUCCCAUCUUCACGUCACCCUCCCCCUCCCUUGGCAGGAGCUGGUGCUGGAGCCAGUGGCAAAACGUACCAAGGCUGAAAAUGCCCGGCAUGCCAAUGUGCUCAAGCAGGCCAACAACCACCACAGCACAGUGCUGAAGCAGUGGCGCUCCCUGUGCCGCCUCCUCACUUCACCUCGCUCCGCCUGGGCUGACCGGAACCCACCCGAGGUUCGCUGGAAGCUGUCAAGUGCUGAGACUUACUCCAGGAUGCGGCUGAAGCUGGUGCCCAACCUGAAUUUUGACCAGCAUUUGGAGGCCAGUGCUCUGCGGGACAACCUGGGAGCUGAUAACCUCCAUAACCCUGCUGAGUCCCUCCCACUUGCCAUGGCCAAGGAGGCUAAGGUGAGCGAGCUGGAAGACGACCAGCUGGCCGAAGAGGAUCUCCCUGUUCUGGACAUCCAGGCCGAGCCCAAGGAGCAGAACCAGCGGGAGAAGCUGGUGGUCUCAGAGGACUGCGAACUCAUCACAACGGUGGCUGUUGUCCCUGGCCGCCUGGAGGUGACAACCCAACAUGUCUACUUCUAUGAUGGCAGCAGUGAAAAGGAGGAGACAGAGGGAGGGAUUGGCUACGACUUCAAGCGCCCCUUGUCCCACCUGCGCGAGGUCCACCUGCGCCGCUACAACCUGCGCCGCUCUGCACUUGAGCUCUUCUUCAUUGACCAGGCCAACUACUUCCUCAACUUCAAAAAGAAGGUGAGGAACAAGGUCUACUCUUGCAUCCUGGGUUUACGGCCCCCCAACCAGAUCUACUUUGGCAGCCGCUCACCCCAGGAGCUGCUGAAAGCCUCAGGGCUCACCCAGAAAUGGGUUUUGCGGGAGAUCUCCAACUUUGAGUACCUCAUGCAGCUGAAUACGAUUGCAGGACGCACGUACAAUGACCUCUCACAGUACCCCGUGUUCCCCUGGAUCCUGCGGGACUACGUCUCAGAGACACUUGACCUCACCAACCCAUCUGUGUUUCGGGACCUGUCCAAACCCAUUGGGGUUGCCAAUGAGAGGCAUGCACGGGAUGUGAAGGAGAAGUACGAGAGCUUUGAAGACCCCACAGGCACUGUGGACAAGUUUCACUACGGUACGCACUACUCGAACGCAGCGGGUGUUAUGCACUACCUGAUCCGUACUGAGCCCUUCACCACGCUGCACAUCCAGCUUCAGAGCGGCCGGUUCGACUGCUCAGACCGGCAGUUCCACUCGGUGCCAGCAGCAUGGCAAGCCCGCAUGGAGAACCCUGUGGACGUCAAGGAGCUCAUCCCUGAGUUCUUCUACUUCCCUGAAUUUUUGGAGAACCAGAAUGGCUUUGAUCUGGGCUGCCUGCAGAUGUCCAAUGAGAAGGUGAGCGAUGUGGUGCUGCCACGGUGGGCACGCUCCCGUGAGGACUUCAUCUACCAACACCGCAAAGCUCUGGAAUCAGAGUACGUCUCAGCCCACCUCCACGAGUGGAUCGAUCUCAUUUUUGGGUACAAACAGCGAGGCCCAGCUGCUGUGGAGGCCCUCAACGUCUUCUACUACUGCACAUAUGAGGGUGCUGUGGACCUGGAUGCCAUCGCUGAUGAGACUCAGAGGAAGGCUUUGGAGGGUAUCAUCAGCAAUUUCGGGCAGACACCCUGCCAGCUGCUCAAGGAACCCCAUCCUGCCCGGAUGUCGGCUGAGAGCGCAGCUCGAAGGCUCGCACGCCUGGACACCCGUCCACCCAACGUCUUCGAGAACCUGGACCAGCUCAAGUCCUUCUUUGUGGAGGGCAUCAGCGAUGGUGUGUCCCUGGUGCAAGCUGUGGUCCCCAAGAAUCAGGCGCACUCCUUCAUCACUCAGGGAUCCCCUGAUGUCCUGGUUACUGUGAGUGCCAAUGGCUUGCUGGGGACCCACAGCUGGCUGCCCUAUGACAAGAACAUUUCCAACUACUUCAGCUUCACCAAAGACCCCACCGUCUCCAAUGCAAAGACCCAGCGUUUUCUGCAGGGCCCCUUUGCCCCCGGUGCCGACCUGUGCUCCCGCACUCUGGCUGUGUCCCCUGAUGGGAAACUGCUCUUCAGUGGGGGACACUGGGACAACAGCCUGCGUGUCACCUCGCUGGGCAAGGGGAAGGUCAUUGGGCACAUCACUCGGCACAUAGAUGUUGUUACCUGCCUGGCACUCGACCUGUGUGGCAUCUACCUCAUUUCUGGCUCCCGGGACACCACCUGCAUGGUGUGGCAGGUCCUGCAGCAGGGCGGGUUUUCCAGCGGCUUGGCCCCCAAACCCAUCCAGGUCCUGUAUGGCCAUGAUGACGAGGUGACCUGCGUGGCCAUCAGCACCGAGCUAGACAUGGCUGUCUCCGGCUCCAAGGAUGGCACCAUCAUCAUCCACACCAUCCAGCGGGGGCUCUUCAUGAAGUCCCUGCGGCCCCCUGGUGAGAGCUCACUGCCUGCUGCCAUCACCCACCUGGCUGUGGGGCCAGAGGGGCAGAUUGUCACCCAGACUGCUGUGGGUGAGCGUGCUUCCCUGAAGGAUAAAUUCACGCUGCACCUCUACUCAGUGAAUGGGAAGCACCUUGCCUCCGUCCCGCUGGACCAGGAGGUGACAGCCAUGUGCAUGACGGAGGAGUUUGUGGUGCUGGGGACCAUGCAGUGUGGGCUGGAGAUCCGUGACCUCCAGAGUCUCCAGGCAGCAGUGCACCCUGUGCCCAUGCGAGUGCCCAUCCACAGUGUGUCAGUGACCAAGGAGAAGAGCCACAUCCUUGUGGGGCUAGAGGAUGGCAAGCUGAUUGUGGUGGGUGCCGGGCAACCUGCAGAGGUGCGCCCGGGCCAGUUCCACCGGCGGCUCUGGCGUUCCACCCGCCGCAUCUCCCAGGUCUCAGCUGGUGAAACAGAGUACAACCCCACCGAGGGCAAGUCCUAGGCUGGCACCCCACACCUGGCCCCGAUGGCCUUCCUACAGCACCCGGCCCCUCCUGGGGGGCACGGCAUGAAGGGGGACACCGAUCCUCCUGCAGCAGCGCCCCGAGCCCCUUGCGAGCCGGGGGGUGAGGAUAAGGAGGGUUGAGCCCCACGAGGGCUGCAUGCUCGGCCCCAUGCCGUGGCCUUAUCCAGCCCCAUUGGGAUGGGGGCAACAGCACGGACACGGGGGGAGGAGGUGCUGGGGGGGGACCCUUGCUGGGAAGGGGGUACCACAUCCUCCCCUCACGCCCGCUGGCCAGGAGCCGGCUGCAUCCCCCCAUCCCCCCCCAAAGUGUUUUUUCUAUCGAUUUCUAGCUCUUUUACAAAAAAAAAAAAAGAAAGAAAGAAAAAGAA